AUGGAGAACACCAAGGUGCAAGAGGUCCACACCGGCCUCGAGCCCGAUGUCAAGGGCGACAAGACCAACCAGCACGUCAAGAAGGCCGCCGAGCUCGGACAGCUCGAAAAGCAAAUCAGCCCGGACUCGGACGACAUCGCUCGCCCCGAUGGCAGAUCGGUCGACGACAUGUAUGAACGCAAGGUCUACAUCCUCAACAAGGUGCUCAACGAACACAUCGGUAUGGGCAAGGUCCAAUGGCAGCUCUUCUUGCUCUCCGGUUGGGGCUGGAUGGCCGACAACCUUUGGCUUCAGGGUGUUGCCAUCAUCUUGCCCCAGGUUCAGCGUGAAUUCAACAUCCAGAGCGACAUUCGCUGGAUGACAUUCGCGCUCUACUGUGGUCUCAUUUGCGGUGCUGCCAUCUGGGGCAUCCUCGCUGAUGUGAUCGGUCGUCGUCCCUCGUUCAACAUUACGCUCUGCAUCGCCGGUAUCUUUGGUAUUGCUGCCGGUGGCGCUCCCAACUUCGUCGGUCUCGGCGGUCUGCUCGCAGCGCUCGGUUUCGGUCUUGGCGGCAACUUGCCCGUUGACGGUAUGAUGUUCCUCGAGUUUAUUCCGGCCAACAAGCAGUACCUCCUCACGCUCCUCUCGGUGUUCUGGUCGCUCGGCCAGCUGCUUGCCUCGCUCGUCGCAUGGGCCUUCAUCGCCAACUUCUCGUGCGACGGCGAGGAGAGCAACACACCCGGCCCUGACAAGGUCCCCUGCGAUGUUUCGCGCAACAUGGGCUGGAGGUACACGUUCUACACGCUCGGUGCGCUCACUUUCGCCAUGUUCAUCGCCCGAUACUUCGUCUUCCGCCUGCCUGAGUCGCCCAAGUUCUAUCUCUCCAAGGGUAUGGACGCUGAGGCUGUCGCUGUGCUCAAGGAGAUCGCCCGCAGGAACGGAAAGCCUCUUGGUGACGAUAUCAUUUCCGUCGAGAUCUUCCGCUCGGCUGCAGGUCAGGACACCAACAUGGACGCUGCUGAAUACGAAGACGAGCCCACUGGUCUGAAGGGCCUCGUCAGUGCUCCUGGCCGCAUGCUCAAGGAUCUCAAGAACGUCUCCCUCACCCCGGAUCUCUCGCACGUCAAGCCGCUGUUCUACGGCUAUCAGAUGGCCAUGACCACCACCAUCCUCUGGAUUCUCUGGUCGCUCAUCGGCCUCGCCUACCCGCUCUACAACGCCUUCCUGCCCAUCUACCUCUCGCAGGCUCAGGGCGUCGAGGCACCGCCUUCAGUCUACACAACCUACCGCAACUACGCCAUUAUUUCCAUCUGUGGUGUGCCCGGUUCCAUCAUCGCCGCCUGGAUGGUCGAGCUGCCCAGGUCCGGACGUCGCGGUGCGCUUGGAAUCGGUACCCUUCUGACCGGCGUUUUCCUUUUCCUGUUCACCACGGCCAAGACCGAAGGUGCCGUCCUCGGGUUCAACUGCGCCGCCGCAGUUGUGCAGAACAUCAUGUACGGAGUUCUCUACUGCAUCACGCCCGAAGUGCUCCCCGCUCCCCAUCGUGGAACUGGCGACGGCAUCGCAGCUGCGCUCAACCGUAUCUUUGGUGCAAUGGCCCCCAUCAUCGGCAUCUACGCUGGCGGCACAGCACCCCUCUACGUCGCAGCAUCGCUCUUCCUCUUCUCGGGCGUGCUCUCGUUCUUCAUCCCGCUCGAAUCGCGCGGAAAGAGUGCGCUCUGA